CCAAGAAGCCAAAGAAAAAAAAAAAGAGCAAAGGUCCAAGAGGAGAUUUGCAUGGCACCCUCUCCCCGGACUCAGAGAGGUCCAGGUUUACAGACGUCACUGGUCGAGGAUCUUUGUUUUCUCUCCACCUCUCGGUGGAGGAAUACAAGUUUAUCAUCCAGCCAGGGACGGGACUGUCUCCUCUGCCGCUCCUCUCCUCCAUCUGUCGGCUUGCACUGGGCUAUACUUCUCCUGUAUGGUGGAUAUCCUGCUCAAUACUUCUUUCUUGGAUGAUAUGGGGGAUCAUUCAAAAAAGAAGUCGGGAAUCGCAAUGUGUGUGGGCUGUGGAAGUCAGAUACACGACCAGUACAUCCUGAGAGUCGCCCCGGACCUGGAGUGGCAUGCAGCCUGCCUCAAGUGUGCAGAGUGCAGCCAGUACCUGGACGAGACCUGCACUUGCUUCGUCCGAGACGGAAAGACUUACUGUAAAAGAGAUUAUGCAAGGUUAUUUGGCAUCAAAUGUGCAAAGUGUAGCAUGGGCUUCUGCAGCAGCGACUUGGUGAUGAGAGCCCGGGACAACGUCUAUCACAUGGAGUGUUUUCGGUGCUCGGUGUGCAGUCGACACCUCCUGCCGGGAGACGAGUUCUCCCUGCGGGACGACGAGCUGCUGUGCUUGGCGGAUCACGGUUUGCUGGUGGAGCGGGCCUCUGCAGGGAGCCCGCUGAGCCCGGGGAACCUUCACACCAGACCGCUGCACAUAUCAGACCCGGUUUCGGUCCGGCAUCCUCCACAUCACAGGAACCACGUCCACAAGCAGUCGGAGAAGACCACCCGGGUCCGGACGGUGCUGAACGAGAAGCAGCUCCACACCCUGCGGACCUGCUACAACGCCAACCCGAGACCGGACGCUCUGAUGAAGGAGCAGCUGGUGGAGAUGACCGGCCUGAGCCCCAGGGUGAUCCGCGUCUGGUUUCAGAACAAGCGCUGCAAAGACAAGAAGAAGUCCAUCCUGAUGAAGCAGCUCCAGCAGCAGCAGCACAGCGACAAGACCAAUCUGCAGGGCCUGACAGGAACACCUCUGGUGGCAGGGAGUCCUAUCCGGCACGACAACACGGUGCAGGGGAAUCCUGUGGAGGUGCAAACCUACCAGCCCCCCUGGAAAACCCUCAGCGACUUCGCCCUGCAGAGCGACCUGGACCAGCCCGCCUUCCAACAACUGGUGUCUUUCUCUGAGUCGGGCUCUCUGGGAAACUCCUCGGGCAGCGAUGUGACCUCUCUGUCGUCUCAGUUACCGGACACACCGAAUAGCAUGGUGCCGAGUCCCGUCGACACGUGAGGAGGGCCCCUCCAAAGGUCAGCUGGAGCCCCCUGAGAUCGCAUCCGCGUCCUCUGCGGGGAGGCGCAGAGACCUCAGUGACAUUCAAUCAAGAGAGACGCAUCAAGGACCAGGAUGGAUUAUGUUCGAGGCUACAUUCAGGUCCCGGCUGGACAAUUGGAGGUCUGACUGUUCUCUUUACAUAUAUCUUGCUCAAGGACACUUCGGCAGGACACGCAGCUGCUGAUGGACAUUACGUCGGCGGGGCUUCUCUGUAUGGGACACCUUUGCCCUCUACCAUGAUGCCAGUGGCUGAACUGGAUGUCUUGGGAUUCAAACAGCCUGUACUGGACGUCUGAGCGUUUAACACUACAGGCUAUACAGUAUGUUUAUCAGGAAAAUACAAACUGUGUAGAUGUGCAUGAUUUGUAACUUUCAAUAUCGACUCUUGUAAAUUAACGAAACAGAUGAGAGAGAUGCGCAAUGUUCGCGUUUCCUCCAGAAAAUAAGUUAUUAUUAUUUAUUAUGAGGACAGACAUAGCCAAUCUUAUCAAUAAAAACAUAGUUCUAACUGA